UUUACGCCUGCACUUCCGGGUUAGAGUUGUUUGCUGUUAAGAGUCGACUGGAGGUCAUGUAAUUCAAAGUGUGUUGUUUGACAAGUUUACUGUGGAGUCCUCUUAAUCUCAUGGCUACUACAAACACAUUAUUGUUUCUGUAGUCGCAUUGUGCUUCUUGAAUCAGUCAUGUCGCAAGCAUCGUCUGGGUUCACUCCGGCUGCUCAAGUCCAACAUGGAUCCAGUGAGGGUCCUUUAGGGGCUGCAUAUAUUCCGAAUGAAGAAGAGAGUCGUGUCUUCAGAGAAUGCAAUUCAGAAAGUUUCUGGUAUAGAUCCUUGCCAUUUUCUGCCAUUGCAAUCACAGUCACUCAGGUAUUGGUAUCUAGAGGAAUGCUUGCUCCAUCGCCCCGAUUUGGCUCCCUUCCUAAGGUUGCCAUUGCUGGCAUAAUUGGAUACAUCAGUGGCAAAAUGUCUUACAUGAGAGUGUGUCAAGAAAAGUUUAUGAAACUGGAGAACUCCCCACUUGGAGAGGCGCUGCGCCAGGGACAUCUGCGUCAUGUGCCUUCUGAGGUAAACCAAGCAGAGUUGUCAGAUCCAGACCUAUCAGAAUCUCAACAGUCCGCUUCUAAAUUAGAGGUCCAACCUGUGACAGAAUUCAGUUCUAUGCCAGAGAACGACAGUAGUUACUCCAGUGACUAUACAUACAGCAGCCCCUCCCAGUCAUACGACCCCACCCCUUUUAGCUCUGGAUUCAGUGAUUCUGGACCUAUAAGCAUCAGGGAUGGCAUUACUCCUCAAGCUCCACCCUAUCUAGAUGAGGAUGUGCCCAAGAAGAAGCCUGUGUUGUACGAGGAACUGCGUAGUAAGAACAGAGAGAACUAUGAGGUCACUCUCACGCAGAAAGCUGAAACACUGCUAAAACCACAAGCAGAGCUGCCUGCACCUAAGAAAGAAGUUAAAAAGAACAAUUAUGGAGAUGCUUGGGAUGAGUGAGAGUGAACUGGAGGAUCAACAGUCCAAAGGAUGUCAGUGAGACUUCACGAUCUGAAUAGUGACUUCAGUGGAGUUUGUUCAUGCCUCAAUCUGCCAGAUCACACCAAAAGCCGCAAUCAAAUUCUGAAUUGAAGACAGUAAGGAGCAAAGUUUUGGAAAUGAAUGCAUAUUUCUUCGAAUAAAAACAUUCACGCUCUUUGUUUUUGAUUACAAAUGUGGUUUCAGAAGAAUGUUUUUCUUGUUUUAAGCAAAUUUUAGCUAAACCAUUUUAACAAAGUUUUUUAUUGAUUGAGAAAUUCUGUCCAGAAAUGCUUUAUUUUUGUUAAAGAUAAUGAUAUUUGUUUUAAAAUUAAGAUUCUUUACAAUAAAGCUAGAAGAUGAAUGUGUAGUAAAAACAGUAUUGCCUUUAAGCCGGCAAUAAGAUAUAAGGGUAAGCUUGUUUUGAAUUUUUAUGGCAGAUGUUUCCUUUUUAAAUACAACUUCAAUUUCAGUCUCGGGAUCAUGUUAGCUAACCCUGCCACACAAGGUAUUUUAUUUGAGAACCUUUAAAUGAAGGUGAUUCACAUUUAAAUGUUGAACCCAAACAUUUCAAAUAGAGCCUGUAAUUCAGUUGCAGCUCUGUUUUCCAACAUGUAAAUAUCAAGUAUAGUUCAGUCUAAAACCAUUAUAUACCAACAGUUUUAACCAAAAAAAAAAUCAAUAAACUUCUCUUGGAAAAAAAUUGUUGUCUCCAUGACAA